UAGAGUAAUAGGGCUCCGUACCAUAAAAUCAUGAGCAGCCGUAAUAAAACAACACUCUAAAGAAAGAAAGAAAGAAAGAAAGAAAGGACGUUUUGGUCCCAUAAAUUCUCUCCUCCCGCAACACCUCCACAAUCAUCAUCAUCAUCAGCUGAAAAAGAGAAGAAAAAGAGGAAUAAAUUACCGAGAGAUAGAAAUUAGCAAAAUGUUGCAGAAUCUCUAAAAAGGUAUGGGGUGUUCUGAAGAAAGAAGAAAAUAAUGGUGCAGUGCUUAGACGGGAUUAAGCAUUUGUGUGCUGUCGUGUUAAGGUGUUGUGACCUCGAGUUGUCUAAGCAACCGAUAGGGCUUGAAGAUCCAGAAAUUCUAGCAAGGGAAACUGUGUUUAGUGUUAGUGAAGUAGAAGCGUUAUAUGAGUUAUUCAAGAAAAUCAGCAGUGCUGUAAUUGAUGAUGGAUUGAUUAAUAAGGAAGAGUUCCAAUUGGCGUUAUUUAAGACUAAUAAAAAGGAGAGCUUAUUUGCAGAUCGGGUAUUCGACUUGUUCGACACAAAGCACAACGGGAUAUUAGGUUUCGAAGAGUUUGCACGUGCUCUUUCUGUCUUUCAUCCAAAUGCUCCAGUUGAAGAUAAGAUUGAGUUCUCUUUUCAACUAUAUGAUCUCAAGCAGCAAGGUUUUAUUGAGAGACAGGAGGUAAAGCAAAUGGUUGUAGCUACUCUUGCGGAAUCUGGAAUGAACCUUUCAGACGAUGUUAUAGAAAGUAUCAUUGACAAGACCUUUGAGGAAGCUGACACUAAACAUGAUGGGAAAAUAGACAAAGAAGAGUGGCGGAAUCUUGUAUUGCGGCAUCCGUCUCUGUUGAAGAAUAUGACCCUGCAGUAUCUAAAGGACAUCACAACAACAUUUCCCAGCUUCGUAUUUCACUCACAAGUUGAUGAUACAUAAGUUCUUCCAAUGACGCCUGUAGAGUUCUGUUGUUAUAAUAUUUGUUUUCUUGAAAUUAUUUGUUUCUUUUAUCUUCAAAUUUUAAAAAAUUUAAGACAUUUUCUAUUAAAAUUUUUUUUAAGUUA